AUGGAUUGGCAAGACCCAGCCAAGCUCACGCACACAAAGUUCUCGAGCUGCCGUGGCGUCUCCUUCGAGCUCAAGCCGUCACCGGGCAGCCCUUUCGACCUUGACGCCGCCGCUCGUCCUUCCCAUCCGCCGCCGGACGCCCCGAUGGCCGGCCGGUGGGUCUGGCUCCCUGCGCCUUUCAGCCGUGGGUCCUCCAGGAUAUUCCUUGCUGCGCCAGAGUCCCACGCUUUUGGCAGGUCGUGGAGCCGCGCGAGCAGCCACUUCUGCCACCUCGACGUCGGUGACGAAGGCACAGACGAUGAGUCCGUCGGCGCGGACGAGGAGAUGGCCGUCGCUGUGGCAGCUGUGGCCGUUGAUCACGUGCCCAGCAACAGGUCAAGCGCGCCGGCGUCGGCCGGGCGCUCGAGGCUCGGCGUCAUACUGUUGGACCAGGGCUUGUUCACCGUGUACAAGCGCCUCUUCGUACUGUGCGUCGCGCUCAAUGCGAUGGGGCUCGCGCUCGCGGCGACCGGGCACUUCCCUUACGCAAGGGGGCACGCCGCCCUCUUCGCCAUGGGCAACAUCCUGGAGCUCACGCUCUGCCGCUCCGAGGCGGUGCUCCGCGUCGUGUUCUGGCUCGCCGUCGCGCUCUUCGGCAGGCCGUGGGUGCCGGUCGUCAUCAAGACUGGCGUCACGGCGAUAUUGCAAUCGCUAGGCGGCGUGCACAGCGGCUGCGGCGUGUCGUCGCUGGCGUGGCUUGUGUACGCGCUGGUGCAGGCUCUCCAGCACCGCGACGUGACGCCCCGCGAGGUCAUCGGCGUUGCGUCGGCCAUACUGGGCCUGCUCGUGCUCUCGUGCUUGGCCGCGUUCCCGCUCGUGCGCCACCUCCACCACAACGUGUUCGAGCGAACGCACCGGUUCGCCGGCUGGGGCGCGCUCGCGCUGCUCUGGGCCUUCGUCGUGCUUUCCGCCGGCUACGACCCGGCGACCACCUCAUACGACAGGCUCACCGUCGCUACCCUCGUGAAGCACCAGGAGCUCUGGUUCUGCGUCGCCAUCACCUUCUUCACCUUCCUCCCGUGGCUCACCGUGCGCCGCGUGCCGGUCAAGGUCACCGCGCGUUCCACGCACGCGUCGACCAUAACCUUUCAAGGUGGCAUCAAAGCCGGCCUUCUCGGGCGCAUCAGCCGCUCGCCGCUCUCCGAGUGGCACGCCUUCGGCAUCAUAUCCGACGGCGGGGACACGCACGCCAUGCUCGCCGGCGCGGUGGGCGACUUCACCCGUGGCCUCAUCUCCGACCCGCCCAGUCACCUCUGGGUGCGCGGCGUCCACUUCGCCGGGCUGCCGUACCUCCUUAACAUGUACCGUAGCGCGACCAUGGUCGCCACGGGCUCCGGCAUCUGCGUGUUCCUGUCGUUCCUGAUGCAGCCGGGCGCGGCGGAGCUGUCGCUUGUGUGGGUGGCUAAGGGCAUCGAGGCGAACUACGGCGAGGAGAUGAAGGCGGCGGUGUCCAGCAGCGAGAGGCUGCGCGGGCGCGUGGUCGUGCACGACACAGCCGUGAUGGGGCGGCCGGACGUUGCGGCGCUGGCCGUGGGCGCGGCGUCGCGGUGGGGCGCGGAGGUGGUGGUGGUGACGAGCAACCCGGAGGGGAGCAGGGACGUCGUCAGGGGGUGUCGCAAGGCCAGCAUCCCGGCGUUCGGGCCCAUAUGGGAUUCUUGA